UGAAAAAAAAACAAAACAUAUACAAAUAAAAAUUAUAUAGAACUUUCGACGUAGAGCAAGUUUUAGAGAAUUUCACAACAGUGCAAAUAAGAUGCGUAAAGCGAUUACUAAACGCCUUUCUAUUUCCAUACAGGACGAAAAUCGCUGCCUACUGGAUCGUUUGAUGCGGUACAAAUCGAAGGAUGCCGACAAGUUAAACGAAGAGAACGAGAAUUUCCUAAGAAAAAGACUGCCGUCAAUUUUCAGAAAACGUUCGGACAAAUUGAAACGCGAUCUAGAAGACGCCGUCCGUGAACCCAACUCACAACAUCGCAAUUCGGGUAGUCCAUCACAACUGGGCGACGAAGGCGACUGUAUCUCGUUGACUGGCGGUAAUAACGGUGCCGUUGGCGGGGUAGGUGACUACUACAAUCUCGCUGAAAUGUUGGGACCUCUACAUGAACCAAAUCUCAAUCCGUGCUUAGUGUCUUCCUCAAUACCAACAACAAUAUUUAUGAAAUUCGAAGCGCACGACAACGAAUCGCAUGCGGUGCGUUGGAGCCCAGUGGAGCGGCUAGUGGCGACCGGUGGUGGCGAUCGUAAGGUCAAGCUGUGGGAUGUGGCGAAAGUUGCGCAGGAACCACGCGCCGUUUUGGGCGGCAGUAGUGCCGGCAUCAAUUCCGUGGACUUUGAUUCGACUGGCACUUAUACUGGCACUUCAAAUGAUUAUGGCGCUCGUGUGUGGACGGUGGCGGAUAGUCGAUUAAGGGUAAGUCAAAAUGGAGAAAAUGCACAAAAUGUCAAUGACAAUAAAAGUGCCAAACAAAACAAAAAUAAUAUUGGCGAUAAUAAUACAAAUAAGACGUGCGCCGUAUGUGGCAACUGUGCACUGGAUAGUCUGAUGUUGAACGCUGAUAGUCAGCAUUUUGGUAGCGUUUAAAUAAGCAUCGCAUGUAGACAAAUUAAGAAAUAUAGCGAAUAAUAUCUAUUUUUGAUUGAAGUAAAAUUAAUUUUGGUUACGUACUCAAAAAA